AUGCAGAACCCCUCCUGUCUCCUCUAUGGCCCAGGCGACGCCAGAUUCGAAGAUCAGCCCAUGCCAACAAUCAACGACCCCCUCGAUGUAAUCAUCCGCAUCGAAUACGUGGGCGUAUGCGGCAGCGAUGUCCAUUUCUGGGUCCACGGCGGCAUAGGAAACCACGUUUCAGCCACCAAUCCCAUAGUCAUGGGCCACGAAGCCUCGGGAACAGUGCACGCCAUCGGAAGCAGCGUGAAGAACCUACAACUAGGCGAUGCAGUAGCUAUCGAACCCGGAUUCGGCUGUCGCAUCUGUUCGAAGUGCAAAUCCGGCAAAUAUAAUCUCUGUCCGAAUAUGCGGUUUGCGGCGAACCCGCUGGAUACGCAUGGCGCAUUGUCGAAGUUCUUCAAGGUUCCUGCUGAUUGCUGCUAUAAGAUUUCUGGAUCGUUGGAUUCUGAGUUUGGGUCGGAGUUCCCUCAUGCGAUUGGGCUCGAUGAGGCGGUGUUGAUUGAGCCCAUGGCGGUUGCUAUGCACUCGGUUCGGCAGGUUGGCGUUAAGCCUGGGGAUCGGGUUAUUGUGUUUGGGGCUGGGACUGUGGGGAUUCUCUGUGCGGCUGUUGCGCGGGAGUUUGGGGCCAAUUUGAUUGUUUCGGUGGAUUUGAGUGAUGAUAAGUUGGAGUUUGCGAAGAAGUUUGUUGGGGAGGAUCGGGUUCGGUAUCGAACUGCGAUUCCUGCGGCGCAGCUGGAUGCUGAGGAGAAUGCUGUUGGGCUGAGAUCUUGGCUUAGUGGUGUUGACCCUGAUGCGGAUGUUCCUGGAUUUGACGUUGCUAUUGAGGCUACUGGAGCUGAGCCUUGUAUUCAGACGGCCAUUCAUGUGCUGAAAGUGGGUGGCUCGUUUGUGCAGACUGGGCUGGGCAAUCGAAAUGUCAAAUUUCCUAUUUCGACGGUGUCUGAAAAUGAGAUCACCGUCAAGGGGUGCUUUCGGUAUGGAGCGGGUGACUUCCAGAUGGCGCUGGAGCUGGCGAAGUCGAGAAAGAUUGAGUUGAAGUCUCUCAUCACAAAGGUUGUGCCGUUCGAAAAUGUUGUAGAGGCGUGGGAAACUACUCAACGAGGCGAAGGGAUCAAAACACUGAUUCGAGGAGUUGGGCGUGCUGUGUGA